AUGGCGCCGCAGCUAGAGUACACUAAGCGCGAGCUCCACGGCCAUCGCAAGGCCGUGCAGGCGCUGGCAUGGGCCCACACCGGCCGCAAGCUCGCGAGCGCGGGCGCCGACGAGUGCGUCCGGACAUGGAACGUCGAGCUCAGCGCGGGCGCCAAAGCCGAGCGCUGCGACCUGGCCCUCAUGAGUCAGGGGGGCGCGGUGGUGGCGGUGGAGUGGCACCCGAAGCGGGAAGACCAGCUGGCGUCGCUGACUGACAAAUACCUGAGGCUCUGGGACACGCGCGCGGCCAGCAAGCCGGCGGUGGCCGUCAGCGUCGGCUACACGUCGCACAUGGCGUGGCACCCGGAGGGCAAUAUCAUAGCUGUCACAAAUUACAAAGCGAACGAGGUGGCUUUCGUCGACGUUCGCAAAGGGGCGGUGCUCGGGCAAUAUGUGCCCCGUGACCAGUACCUCAAUGCGCUCCGGUUCCUGCGCGACGGCUCCACGCUGCUCGUGGGCUGCAGCUCGGGCGACGUGGAGGCGGUGCGGGUGCGGCCGGACUUCAAGGGCGCGGAAGCCGGGGGGACGCUGCAGGGGCACAUACAGGAGACCACGGCGCUGGCCCUCGACCCCUCCAACAAGCACCUGGCCACCUGCGGCUAUGACGCCCUGGUCACGAUCUGGGACUUGGAAAGCGCCACCGCCGUGGCCACGGUGCCGUCGAUCGAGUACGCGGUGUGGGACGUCGCCAUCAGCUGCGACGGCAGCCGGCUGGCGUACGCGCAGGAGAAGGGCCCCGUGGGCGUCGUGUCCGUGCCCAGCGGGCGCGUCGAGGGCACAGUCAGCGCCGCCGCGUCGCACUGCGUCGCGUGGAACCCGAAGCACGCGCACAUCCUCGCGUUUGGGUGCGACGACGCGGGGGUGUGGAACAAUGAGGGGCGGCACACGGAGGCGGGGGGGCCGGUGGGGCUGGCGUUCUUUGGCAGCAGCGGCGGCGGCGGCGGCGGUGGGGGCGGCGGCGGCACUCGUGGGAGGUAA